AUGUGUGUUUUUCAUAGAUAAUAAAAACUUCAACUAGGUUCAUCCGGAGGAGCUCCAGGUAAAUGACUCUAUUAUAUUAUUGCGAAAAGAUGAGGUGUUGACGUUUCUUUUGAUGGUGGUGAAUGACCUUUUUGUCCCAAAAUCAGAACUUUUCUACUCAAGACUUUUAAAAGCUCAGAUUGCCACAAUGGAGGAUGACAAGAAGACUAUUGGUAUUUUAGAUAUUAAAGCUUUGGAUGCUUCAAGUGAUAUGCAAUCUAUUGUCAUUAUUCUUGAUGAGGAACCAACCUUAUCUACAUCCGGCUGCAAUAAACAAGGAAACUCUUAUGAUGAAAAAACUUUGAAUAAUAUAGCAAAAACUGAACUGGUAUGUAGAAUUCCGCAUUUUACAGAACCGAAGGUUGUACUAAAAUUCUAUGCCACACAUUUUGAAGUUUGCUUUUAGCCAUGUAAGUUACGAUAAAAGAGUCACAAGUCAUGAUGAUUCUGGAAAGAAACAUUGCAAACCUUGUAAGCAAAAGAUUGCCAAAAAAGAAGAUCCUAAAGAAAAGAAGCAAAGUCAGGGUGAAUAAGAUGAGGAUUUUCUAAUAUCAUCAUUCAAAUUGAAAAGACAGGAGAUCAAUGAAGAACUCAAAAAUUUUAAUAUAUUUCCUCUAAAAUCUCAUUCAAUGUCAUCAAAACAUACUCUCAGAAGGAAAGUAAAAAGUUGCUCGCAUCAAUGAAAUGGUAUUAGCUUGUAAAGAAGCUUUAUUAAACAAGUGUUGUUUUAAAACAUUCAAGGAAAGUGACUGCGACAGCAUCAUUAUCAAGUGGAUUCCAAUGGUUAUUUAUGUGUUCCUAGAAGAAAUCUUGUCUGAUUACAGUUGGAAGUCAAUACUUUACUAGUACCAUGAAAAAUACUUAGUUACAAAGUAAAUGGCAGAUGAAGAUCCACUUAAAGUUCAUCGUGAUCUUCUUAUAGCUUGUGGGUGGGGAAAAGAGAUUGACGUCAUUUUGUUGUUGCAGCAAGGUGGUAGUGUCCGUGUACAAGAUCAAGAUGGUAAAAAUUGUUUACAUUACUCAGCUUGCAAAGGACAUAUACAAGUCACAAACUUGCUUAUUGAAAAAGGGUGUGCUAUUAAUGCUCGUGAUAAGGGUUACAGAACACCUCUUCAUCUAGCAUCUGAAGAAGGUCAUCAUGAUAUUGUUUCUAUACUUCUUGAUAAUAAUGCAGAAUAUAAUAUUCAAGAUGAGGAAGGUAAUACUCCAUGCCAUGUUGCUUGCAUUAACAAUAGUUAUGAAGUUGUUGAACUUUUCAUCCAUGUAAAAGCUGAUUUAAACAUUAAAAAUAAAGAUGGGUACACACCACUUCAUAUUGCUACAGUUAAUUCUCAUUUGCAAUCUAUGACUCUUCUUUUAAAUGCUGGAGUAAAUAGGGAUGCUCAAGAAAAUAAUGGAAAUACACCAUUGCAUCUAGCUUCACAAAUGAAAUCUUUAAAAGCUUUAAAAUGCUUAAUAUCUUAUGGAGCAGAUGUAAACUUACAAAAUCAUGAUGGAGACACUGCAUUACAUCUAUGUGCUGAUAAUGGAAGUGUGGCACUUGUUCAGUAUAUUCUAAAUUGUGGUCAUCCUGUGGAACUUAGUCCAAACAAUGUUGGUGAUACUGCAAAAGAUAUUGCCAUCCGGCGAGGUUAUAAAGAUAUUGUCUCAUUAAUACCUGAUCCUUUUAAAAAGAUAAAAUCACAUAGAAGUACAAAAAGUUCUGGUGGUAGCGCAACUAGUCCAUCAAAUAGUUUUCCAAGUCCUCACACAUCGUUACCAGAUUUGCAGGAAGCUUUAAGUUAUGGGGCUUAUAAAAAUGGACAAACCAAAUCUUUUUUACAGCAUCCAUCAGAAGAAAUCCCUUCAGCAACUUCAUCUAGCAUGUUAAGCUUAUGGGUACCUACUACUGAUUCAGGAAUAUCUUUACCUUUAGAUAAAAAUAGUGAUCGAUACAUGUCUUCUUUACAGCGUCGUAAAAAAUCACAUAGAGAUGAACAUAAACUAAGCAAAUAUGAUAAAUAUGACCUUCAUACCUGUGAAGGAAGAAAGCAUAAAAAACUUACUAAAAAGAAUGCCAUGAAAUCUGAAAUGAAGACUUACGAGUAUACAGAAUUGAGAAAAGAUCCACGUUUCAUAUCUCCACAACUUUCAACAAAAAAUUGCUAUAAUGUCAAACCAGGUUGUCAAAAGAAAAAAAUAUUUGAGACAAGAUUGUCUAAUGCAAUGGAUGACUCUGGCGUACUUUCUGACGAAUCAUUACAAUAUUAUGGAUGCUUUCCUAGGAGCAAAACAAAACGAACCAAUCGAUCAUUUUUCCACAAUAAACAAGAACUAAGUCAAAAAGAACUUGUUAUCCAAAGACAAGCAGAACUCCAGUAUCAACUAAACGAAUCGAAACUUGCACUUGAAAAGCAAAUGAGAAAAAUGCGUAAGAAAUUUGAAAAAGCUUUAAGAGUAACUGAUGAACGUUUCCUUGAACAAAAGAAACGCGAAGAAAAUUAUCAUAACCAACUUAAAUAUGAACUUGAAAUAAUCGAAAAAUCUUUAGAAAGAGGUUCGAAAAAAAAUGUCGAAGAGUUUACUCAACAUAUAAAAAAUGAACUUAAUAAUCUUAGCGAAAAAUUAACAAAAAACGCUGAAAUAAACGAUGAUCGCGAAAAGAAAAAACGUCACCGUGCAUCUUUUGUUGACCUGGAUCGUAAAAUAUCUGUCAGUUUAUCCAAAAAUAUAAACUCCACCGUUAAAUUAAGAAAUCCUUCUGAUGACAGAGAACAACAUUCUAACGCUGCAAGGAGUGAUUUUCUAAAUAUCAUAAAUAAUAGCGAUCUUGUUAAAGAAGUAAAAUCGAUGCGAAACGAUGAUAAAACUGAUAAGGAUAUAGAAAAUGAACUGUUAAGAGCUCGAGUUCUCGAAUUGGAGAAAAUGGUUAAAGAAGCAAAAGGUGAACUGUGACUAUGUUAGUAUGGCUAUGAUGUGGUUUGGCAACAAAACCUAUUUGGUAACAAAUAAUACUAGCAAACGGCUAUCGAAUAUCGGUAUAAUUGAUAUAAAACGUAAACAAGAAUAGAGAGGAGUUAAUUUUUAGCUAAGUUUUUUACCUCUUUAAAUAUUUAUAGAUGAAAUAUAGAUUUAGAUGAUAGAAUAUGUAAAUAGUUUAUUUUUGUAAACCUCUAAUUAUGAUAAAUAUGUUGAAAUA